UAAUGCUUGGUUGCCACAUUAUGGUUCCAUAGGGAUAGUGGCCCUGUUCAAUUUGUCUUGGCCUGUUUCAGGUAAGCCUGGCACCGAUACAGCACCAUCGUAUUGCUCAGAAGGUAAUGGCAGUCGCACACUGUUUUAAAAUUUCAAAUAAUUUAUUAUUGCUGUAAUGUACUUUCAUUAAUUUUUUUCUUUUUGCCCCACAAUAAAUGUAUGUAUGUAAUGUUGCAGAAACUCUUUCAAGUUCAGAAUGUGACAUACUGGCAGCUUGUUCACCAGGCGAGUGCUGCCUCGAUUUGUGUAGGCACAUAUUUGACAGAUGUUUUCGUUGGUUUCAACGGUCAUAUAUGUGCAGAUGUGGAAACCUCCCAAGGAUCUUACUGCCAGGCAUUUCCGGCUUUGACUGUGCCUGAUGAGUCCCAGCAAAAGGUUUGUGCAUUCUGUGGAGGAGUUCAGUCAGCUGAGGGUACAGCUAAUGUCACUGGCAACAGUACAAGGAGCGGGGAUGCUGAUCCUUCAGUAGUAGCUGCCCUUCAAAAAAGAAUAGCUACACUGGAGGACUGCUUGAAAAACAUGAAGCGAAAAGUUAAGACACUGCAACAGCAGAAAAGCAGAGCAAACAAUCGAAACGAUGAACUGUCGCAAAACAUCAGAAAGUACUUGUCCCCAGAUCAACUGCUAGGCAUGGAGACUUCCAGUACGAGGGGGACACCAUGGUCUACCGAGACUAUACAAAAAGGCCUCAAGCUCCGUUUGGCAUGCGGAUCGAGAAGCUACAACACCAUCAGGGAGCUUGCUGUACCUAUUCCAAGUGAACGAACAUUACAACGUCGUGUUCAGAACUACAAGUUUUCACCAGGAAUUCUCCACGAGGUUCUGCAGUCCCUUGCUUUAAAGGUGAAAUAAUGGUGCAGCUGAAUGUGUUUUUAGAAGAAAAACUCGGCCUAGUUCAGUGGUCUCAAACUCACCUCAGCCAGCGGACUGCAAUCGCACAAUUUUGGACCACAAGGGCUGGGGCAGUGAAGGUUGUAGAACCAGUAGGUGGAGGGGGGGGUGGGGCGUGCAAAUUUUUAGCAAACGUUGCCAUAUUUGAAAAAGAAACCUUUCAUAUAUAUCAUAUAUGGGGCAUUAUGCAAGAACAACAGCACAAAAAGACGAGGACCUUGUGUCGUGUCUUCCUUGGCCCUUGUAUUUUAUUAGCGAUGUUUUUGCUUAAUGAUUAAUGUAAUCACUUGUUUCAACAGUAUGCCUUCGGCAAAAGACAAAAUUUUUUUACAGAGCCCUCCCCCCACCAUAGCAUGCCUCAUAUCAUAUUGCGUUUUUUGCACAAAAAACCCUAAAAAUUUAUUGAUAUUCUCCUGUGUUGCCUGCGUCAGUGUUUGCAUUCUCUUCUUUCAAUGCUCAUUAUUUUGCGCAUUCUUAAGUGCUACUUCAAAGUUUUUGGUUUACUAGAUGUUAUGUUCACUUGCACAGAGUAUAAUCGAACAACCAGCAAAGAUGCUGUGGAAAACAAGUGAUGACUUCUGGGGAGGA